UAUGGGUCAACGUAGAAACUAAAGGUAAAAAGACACCUUUAAUCAAGUUGUAAAUACACAGUAUACAUUUAGGUGAACUUACUUAUCUGAUAAAUAAACAACUAAAUCUACUAGUGAGAUAUACGGGUGUACACAAGCAUGGAAGACGGACGCACUAUCAUCGUAGCAUUAGAUGGCAGCCAUCAUUCGGAUUAUGCAUUUGAUUGGUAUUUGAAUAAUAGCAAAAAAGAUGGCGAUAAUGUUGUUAUAGUAACAUGUUUUGACAAACACCAUGCACAUCACGGACAUGGAAGUGGUAACGUGCAUGAGGUAACAACUAAACUACAAACAGAUUUAGAUACUCAUAAAUCACAAGCAGAGUCAUUUAAAGAGAAACUAAGACUGGCUGGGGUUAAAGGAGAUGUUGUGGCCAGUGCAGGAAAACCAGGAGAAGUUGUGGUCCAUGUGGCAUCCGAGAGGAAUGCUAGUAUGAUCAUUUGUGGUACACGAGGUCAUGGUGCCAUACGAAGGACCCUGAUGGGUAGCAUCAGUAACUACAUCGUCCACCAUUCCACUAUUCCUGUUGUUGUUUGUAGGAACAAGGCCCAUCACAAUCCAGCCAAUGAACACCAUAACAAACAUCACUCAUAGAGUAGUGCCGUCUUGGACUGUGCAAUCUUCAUCAAAUUAAUUAUCAUGUUAUCUGAGAGCUCAGGGUCAUUCAUUACAUCGAAGAUUGUUAAUUAAAAUAUAGACAGUUUGAACUGCAGACUAAGGUAACCCCAAAACCAGAUUUCUAAUCAAGAUGUCACGUGGUUUUAGGUGUAUGGGUUACAUUUUAACAAGAUUUAGCGUUGUCAUACUCAAUUUAAUUAAAUAUAGGUUAAUGACAGACAAUUUUUUUCACGUUUUGUUUAAAUUAUAUUUUGAUUAUUUCUAUUUAUUUACAAAACUAAUUAGUAAUCUGUUCAGGUGUUUUUUCAGUCUCAAAAAAAGAUAUAUUGUCGUGGUCAGCUUUUAAUCUUUUGAAAGACACGUGAAAAAGAAAAGUUUUGUUAUAAUUUUGUAGUUACAAAAUAGUUAGACACAUUUCAAUACUCACGGUAAAGAAAUCUCGACUAAGUAGUUCAAUAUACUUUGCCUAUAAGUAUUUGCAAUGCACCACCCUACUUUUAUUGCAUAUCUUAUUAGUUGUACACUUUAGGGAUCUUUAGGAUAGAGUCACUUUAUAUACUCAGUGUACACGAAAGAAAGCAUUAAAACCAUCAAGUAAACAAUUAA